AUGCAGCUUGUCCGGCGUCUUCCUCCGUGGCCUUUGGUACCCUCCCAGACAUUCGUAGCGCCAAACUACAACUCGUCAAAGAGAAACACAAAGUCCCUACCCCAACCAAUCUCUUUGCAGAACGAUCUUGGCAUCACUGCUCCUUCCGUCAGGCGCCGUCGUCUACCCACCCGGUAUCCUCUUCUCUCAAACUUGUGUAUUCUGAACUGCUCCACAGGUGUGCCCUUUUAG